AUGGAAUUUGAUAUUCGACAGUCCUCUGCAAAUAAAGCUUUCAUAGCCAGCAUACCUGGCGGAGACUACGAGGUUGUUCAUCCUUUCCAAAUUCGUGAUAAGAAUGAACGGAUAGGAAUUGAUACUCGCAACUACUUUCUGAAAGCAGCGGAACAUUAUCAACAUGUAACAAUUGUUAUCCGAAGUAAUGUCGCAGGUCGGAUAAAGCUGGUACUGGAGCGGAACAAUUUCAUAUUCCUCAAUCGAACUAGCUUUCGCAAGCUGGAUUCAAGUGGGGAACAUGGAUUUUCUCAACGGGUUGAGAACUGCUACUAUCAGGGCACGGUAGCCGGUGAUGCAUCAUCUUUCGUUGCGCUUUCCUCGUGCAACGGUCUGAGAGGUGUUAUCGCGUUCUCCAACGGCUCUACGUAUGGAGUUUGGCCACUUGAUGUCGGUGACCGAGGCCGUCGACAUCCGCACAUACUCUACGAAGCACAGUGGACGAAGGAAGCUAGAUGCGGAGCAUCGAUGGCUCCAAUCGAGCAUGUCAUCCGUCGCAGUGCAUUCCGAUCCCAUCGCCGACGUCAUACGCGAGAUCUAUCAAAGCAGACGAAGUAUCUAGAGUUAGCACUUGUUGGAGAUCAUGAAUAUGUGAAACAACACAGUUACUCUGAUGAGGACUCGCUGAUGUACAUGCUGGAAGCGAUCAACAUCGCCGACUUGAUGUUUUCACGAGAUCUCAAUGUUCGUCUUUCUGUUGUCUACGCGGAAAUUUGGCUAGAUGUGCAGCGAAUAGAUCUUUUCGAAGACAUCGAAAGGACAAUGAGCGGCGUGGUUGAUUAUUCUACUGGUCAUAUUUAUAGCAUUGCGAAAGACGCGACUAUUCUGUUCACUGGUGGAUCGUUUGCAAACCACGAAGCUAUCAACUCUGUAUUUCGCAGUACAUGUACAGCCCGUGCUGCAGCGAUUGUCAAGGGUAUCGAUGCGUUUGCUGCUCAGUGGACAGGCCAAUUGGUAGCUCAAGCAGUGGGUCAUCUUCUCGGUCUUGACCAUGAUACUCCAUCUUGUCAGUGUGAUACGGAUUCACCUAGUCAGCGUUGCAUAAUGAACGACAAGCCUGGAUUUUCGGGAGCACGUUUCGCCUGGCAGUUCUCGAAGUGUUCGAUUGCUCGAAUGCAUGGUGUUUGGCAGUCUGGCCAUGUGCAGUGUCUGCUCAACAAGCCUUUCCAACCCUCACAACUUCGUGAAUGUGGAAAUGGCGUCGUUGACGGGUCUGAGGAAUGUGACUGUGGUACUCGCGAGACCUGCACCGAUCCCUGCUGUGAUCCUCUGACUUGCACUUUGCGUGCGCAUGCUCAAUGCGCUGCUCAUCAUCAGUGUUGCCAUCGGUGUGAGCUACGAAAGGCUGGCGAAGUCUGUCGAAGUGCUCGUUCGCCUUGCGAUGUGGCCGAGACUUGCGAUGGCAAAUCUGGCGAUUGUCCUCCGGAUGGACAUCUGGUCGACGGUACCGCUUGCGGACGCGAUGGACAGUGUUGGCGUGGUAACUGCAGUGAUCCGCAUAAUCAGUGUCAAAUGAUCUGGGGUGAAGGAGCUCGUAUUGCCGACGACGAAUGCUUCAAACAAAACAUCCGAGGUCAUGAAUACGCUAAUUGCGGCUCGAGUGACAGCACCGGUUCGUAUCGCCCGUGCCAAGCGGAGCAUAUCCGAUGUGGCACACUGCAUUGUCAAGACGGUGGUGUCACUCCAUUGCAGACAUCCUUGAGAGCGUUCACCUUCCAGUUCCAGCAGAAUGAGAAACAGGUACAGUGCAAGUCAAUUGCUGAAACGAAUGUGGGACUUGUGCAAGAUGGAUCCACUUGUGGCUCUGGUCGAGUGUGUGUUGCUGGAUCGUGCGUGGAAAUGACUUCUGUUUCCACUCCUGUCACCUGCCCAUCGAACAAUCAUGCGCUGCAGUGCUCCGGUCAUGGAGACUGUACCACUACAUCUCUUUGUGUCUGUUUUGCUGGAUGGACUGGUUUGGCAUGCGAUACUCGCUCAAACAGUACUCAUAUCAAGAAUCGUGGCCAGUCGCGCAACAUCGUCAUCGUCCCAUCUAUUGCUGAAGGAAAAACUUUGGAUACUGCUACUCUUCUUGGAAUCUUGCUGCUUGUGGGUGUUGUCCUAUUGCUGCUACUUGUCUGUUUGCUGUUCUGCUACCGGCGACGAUCAGUCGUAGAGAUUCCUACAUCAUCUGAUGAAAAGUUAAAUGAGAGUAUGCCGGAUCAAACACAGCGCUCUAUCAAAUUUGGCAGUAUGCCAAGCUGGAGAGAUGAAAAACGAAGGCGAAAAAGCAAUAAACACGUUUACGGUGCCCUAAACCGUAUCACUGAGGCCGAUGAGCGAGAUUCGACUAGUUUGAGGUCACGAGAGAGCGGAAGCCAAAAUACUGGGAGUCAACUUCUGUAUGAUCCAAAUAAUCACAUGAUUCCAUAUGGACGCCAAGAUAUGGUGCUUCCGGAGCGAAUUCAUGAACAUAUUUACGCAGAAUCCGCUAUGAUCAUCAUUCUGACGUUUCUUGCUACGAAUAAAUUAUACACUGCCUUGGAAUCAAUAAUAUCCUUGUAUGUUAACACUGGAACAGUGCUGGUAUGGGCUACUGGACGCAACCUGAGCAAAUCCAUACCUUCCAGCGCUUUCUUAGCGGGAGUCUCGAAUUCCUGCAAAAGCGCCAAGUUUGGGGACCGUAAAGAAUAUCGCAAAAGGAAAACAAAAUUGUACCUCGAAAAGAAUGACCUUCUUCUGGUCAUCAAAGAAGAACUGCAGCACCACAGUUGGUGCUUAAGAUUAAAGAAAACAGAGGGAUGCGGUUCAAGCGUAUUUUCCAAUCUGUCAUCCCCCUCCACCUUCCCCAACUUGUCAGCCAUUGAGGCAGCAAGUAAAACCAACCUACUGUCGCGAAAUUCAUUGACAAAAGAAUUCAGAGGCAAAUUUAUUAUCUCACCUAAUUUUCGAGAUGAGGAAAUGUUCACCAUCAACAGAUUUCGAAGCCAUCCACGGUUGAGAAGCAUUCAAGUUGCGUUCCUUCAAAAUUUUGGUAACAUUGCCAUCAACAAUGUGUUAGCGACAACCCUGAUACGAUGGACAGAGGUGCAAAGGCAUAUGGACAUUUCCACACACCAAACUGAGAAUCCUUCAGAACAAAUUCCACGCAGAUCUGGACCUAUGGGGCUUUUACGUGGAAAUUUCGCGCCAGGAUCCACGCUUUGCGCCAUGAAUCCAUGCGAAACACGCUGCCGCUUGGGCAGUGCCUUACAGCGCUCUAGGAUGGGUAUGUGGAUGAUUCGAAAAUGCUUUGAGAGCGUGGGGCUUUCGUUGGAUCACACAGCUACCUACUUCUCGUUUUUGGAUGGCUCAACAUUCUAUUUUGCGCACGAUAUACCAAGUUCUUUCGCCAGGCUUUACACGCGGCUUUUUGUACUUCCUGCACUGCUCGCUGCUGCUGCACGAUCGUUCUCAUUACCUUUGCCAAUUGAUGUCAAAGCGAAACAUCUCCUCGAGAACAAGUUGGCACACAACUGGAAUGAACUGAUCGUGAGUAUUAAAUAA